CCUCCGCCGUCGCCGCCUCCUCGACCGGCGCCGGACCACGAUGAGGAAGAGGGAGGAGUAGGAGGCGAGCAGAACAGGGAUCAGCAGGAGGAGGAGGAGGAGGAGGAGGUCGAGCUGCUGGAACAAGAAGAAGACGAUUCGGAGGUCGAGGACGGAGGAGCCGGCAGCAGCGAGAAGGAUGAAUUCAUACUAGUUAAGCUGGCAGACAUACGCAAAGAAGUACAGUGCCCUAUAUGCUUAGGGAUAAUUCGCAAGACUAGGACCGUAAUGGAGUGCCUACAUCGUUUUUGCAGGGAAUGCAUCGAUAAAUCAAUGCGUCUUGGAAAUAAUGAAUGCCCAGCAUGCCGUACUCAUUGUGCAAGUAGGCGCUCUCUGAGGGAUGAUCCAAAUUAUGAUGCUCUAAUUGCUGCUUUAUAUCCAGAUAUCGAUAAGUAUGAGGAAGAGGAAUUGGCUUUCCAUGAAGAGGAGAAAAAUCGCAAUAAGAAGAUUCAAGCUUCCAUAGCCGAAACAUUUCGACGACAGUCUAAUGCCCUGGGAAGGAAGAAGCCAACAGCUAAAGCUACAGCUGCUGCUUUUGUGAGGAGAUCUCAGCAUCGGAGAUCUCAUGCCCGACGUAGAAGUAGCGCUCAUGACAUUUCACUCGCAGAAUCUGAGGACGAGGAAGAGGAAGAAGAUGUCAAUGGCAAUGCUAGCAAAGAGUCGUCCUCUGCAGAUGAACCCUCUGCUGACAAAAGGCAAAAGAGACGUAGUAUCUCUGGGAAUGCUGAUAUUGAUGGUGAAGAAAAUGUUGACGAAGAAACAAGAAGAGGAAACAGAGGGACUUCGCCUCUGAUAAUUGGAAAUGGAGAAAUGCUUGCAUGGGGUAAGGCCGGCAUUCGAAGCCAGGGCGGCAUUCGAAGCCAGACCAGGGCAGCAAAUGGUAGGUUUAUAAAGGGUGGGCGUAUACCGAAGUUGGUUGAAUAUGUACGUAAUUUAGAUGAAAAUAAUAAUGAGCUUGAUGUACAUCUUACUCUGCUUCCUCUGGAUCCACAAUCUGUGCAUAAUAUAGAGAGGCCAUACAUUUGCUGCCGACCAACAUUGUGCAUAAGACAUCUUUGUCAAUAUAUUGCUCUUCAGGCAUCAGUAAAUGUGGAAGAAAUUGAGAUAUUUGCAAGGAAGCCUGAAGGUGGAAGCUUGGAUUUUAAGCCAUCUACUCCAGUGGUUAAGUCUGAUCGUUUACUGCAAGUGGUGGGAGCACAACAAUCCCUGGGAGCAUUGCGUGAUUCCUCGACUGAUGAUAGAGGGGAACUGGUAUUGGUGUACCGUUUGAAAGAUGCAAAAUUAGGCGAACAUACAGCAUAAAUUCUUCAGUUUUCUGGUCAUUUGUGAUGAUGCCGUGACCAAGAGUCUCCGGGGACACAUUCUGAUAUGAGAAGGUGUUCAUAACAAUACCUAUAGCAAGCAGAGUAAAAGUUGUUUGUUGAAAUGGUUGUUUUCGGUUUGAUUGAGGGGAAAAGAGCUUGGACAUGCUUACCUUUUCUUUUUCUUUUAUCCCUACUUUUUCUAUUUAUGAGGAACUUAGCAUUAAUAUUAUGUAAAAAUCCCGCGGGGCAACCCAUUUUCAAAGAAAUGGAAGUAACAACAUUUUCCAGAUUUUUUCUUCAGCA